AUGCAUCUAAUACCUUUAAUAAUGUUUAUGUUACAUAAGGUUAUUUGGGUUCUUCUAUUUUACCAUUAUUAAAAAUAACAAACUUAGGAUAGGUUUAUUAAAUUAAUUCAGAAGAAUUUGUUGUUAAAGUUUGUGAGUCUCAUUUAUACAUUAUAUUAAAAAUUGAUAAGCACAUAUUUAUUUAUGUUAUUUAGUCUUCUCUGUAUGACAAGUUUAAGAAAAUAAAUACAAUUAUUUGAAUAAGAAAAAAUAAUGAUAAUUCACAUAAUAAUCAAUUUUAUAACUAUAUUUAUUUUAUUGCUUGAAUCAUUAUUUACUUUAUGCUAUUUUGAUUAAUCUAUUACACAUUAAGUAAAAGAUAUAGAAAGAACAAGACUUACAAAAACACGUGUUAUUUAUCAAGUGUUAAUUAUAUUAUAAAUCUUUUAAGUAAUAUUGGUUAAUUUAGAAUACAUAUUAUAUAUAUAAACACUGUUAGUAAUAUUAACAUAGAUUGUAUUAAUUUAUGAUUAAUUUAAAUAUUUUACUCUUAAUUUAACUUUUUAAUAAUAACCAACCUUGAUGGCAAUUUCAAUUAAUAUUGCCUUUCAUUUACAUACAUUAAUUUUUUAAUAGUACAUACUUAAUUAAAUUUUAUUACCACUUUUAAUUCUUGGUAUGUUAACAUUUUAUAUUAUAAAUAAUUAUAAUUAAUAUUUUAAUAGUUUAUAAUUGAAAUUGCUAUUUAUGUAAGAAUUUAAUUCAAUUUGGCAAAUAAAGUAUUCCUUAAUAAAAUUAUAGAAUAAUGAUUUGAAUUCCAAAUAAUCAGAGAUAAUCAUCAAAUCUUUAAUUGCAUCAGAACAUAGAAAAAAUUGCAACGAUAUCAAAUGUUUCUACUGUGGUCAUUAAUAUAUAAUGUACACAACUUAAACAUGUGGAAUAACACUUUAAAUUUAUAGAGAAUUCAUAAUGAAAAAAAUGAAAUAAUUUACUUAAUUAUUUUAAAUAAAUUCAAAAUAAGAAUAUGAAAAUUAAGUACUAUUAUAAUAUGCAUUUAUGCUUUAUGAUUUUGGAUUAAUUAUGAGAUCUGUUAAAUUACUUUGUUAUUUAAAUUAUAAUUGUAAAAAUAAUGAUAAUAAUAAAUUAAAUUCAUUAUCAUUUUCUAGAGAUUAAUUAACAUAAAUGUAGAAUUAUGAUCUAUCAACUAUGAAUUAAACAAUUUUAUAAGAAUGUUUUGAAUAAAAUAAUACUUUAUUAUAAAUGCUAUCAGUAUACAAUUUAAAAUUCAAUUAUUUCGAUAUUGUGAAAUUAACAUUUAUUUUUAAUUAAGCUAAGAGUAAAAUAAAUGCAUCAUUAGGUACAUCUUUUCAUGCAGCUUAAAAAUCAUUUAUAUCAGAUUAUAUAGAAUAGAAUAUUGAACUUGAUAUAAUGCUUACUUAAAAAGAAAGAUUAAUUUUUGAUUUAAUUGAAUAAAAAUUAUAAUUCUAUUAAAUGAUUGUAAAAACAACUAUGAUUAAUGAAUAAAUUAGUGUUUUACAUAAUAAAGUAUAUAAAUUGUGUUAUAAUUUAUGUGAUUUGCAAAAAAAGAUAGCGUUAGCAUAUAAACAUAAACCAAGUUUUAAAUUACAUAGAAUUGUAUGUUUCUUUUAUGGUGAAGUAUUGUGUGACUACAAAAAAGCUAUACAUUUUUUUAGAAAUUCUGACUUUUUUGAAGCAUAAAAAUUAUAAUUUUAGUAGAUUAAAAAUUUUAAUAUAAAUUCUUCAAAUGUUCAUUAUCUAAUUUUGGAAGUAAAGGAUGAUAUGGAGACUUUGAAAAUUUAAUAAUUCUCUAAUAAAUUUUUUCAUUCUUUUGGUGGAGGGAUAUAACAUGCAGAAGAACAUUAAUUUAAUGAUUUAUUACCUAAAUACUUAGUAUAACAUCAUUGUAAUUUAGUUAAAAGGUUUUUUGAAACAGGUGAAGCUAAAUAUUAUUAGAUGUUUGAUAUCAAUUAUAUAAAAAAUAAGAAUUAACUCUUGACUCCAAUAAAUAUGUGUUUUAUUAUAACAAACAAAUUUGUUAAUUAAAAUAUUACAUUUGCUACAUUUUUAUAAGAAGCUUCCUAAGAUUAGGUUUAUAUUAUUGUAGAUGGGAUUAGUUUAGCAUGUACAUUUACAUAAAAUUUAUUAACAUUAAUAGGUUGGUUUGAAAGUGAUAUAGAAACUUUAUGUUAAUAAGAAAAAUAUGAAAAUUUAUAAAUAACUAGAAUAUAUCCAAAUUUUGUUAGAUUUAUUAGAUAAAAUAAAAUAAAAUAUUCAAAACUUAAUUAAAGUAUCCUUAUUUUACCAAAACCAUAAUACAAUAUAUAAACUUAGAGAUCCUUUUUAUCUGGAGAUGCUUAACUUAUGCUUAAUUAUGUUCAUACAGAAUGUGAUUUACUUAUAACAAAAAAUAAAAUUGGAAAUUAUGAAUACUUUGUUAUAAAUGUAGUUAAAAUAGCUGAACAAUAAUAAUUAAAUCAUUCAUUUGCAAGAAUUCCUUUAUCUCAACCUAAAUUUUGUGAUGAAAAUAAAUAUUUAGUUGAUCAAACUGAUAAAGUAGGAAUUUAAAAAAUAAAUGCUAUCAAUUUUUGUGAUUAACAUAUACCAUAAUCAAUAGCCAUAACAUAAGUUUAGACUGCUGAUUAAAACAAUAGAAAAUUUAGUAUAAAUAAAAAUUUGAUGACAAUUUAAUCAUUUAAAUAAUAAAAUUCUUUAGUAAAUAAUACUUAAUAAUUAUUUUUUGCUGAUAAUAAUACUUAUGAAUAAUAAGAAUAAAUAUUUGCUAUGUCUAAUAAAGUUGAUGAAGAAAAAGUACGUAGAAAAAAGAUUAAAAAAACAACAAUUUAUAGUGAAGCAUAUUUAGAAAAUGCUUCAGUAAAUAAAAAGUAUUAAUUAAUUUAAUCAAUUUUGGCAGUACAAUCUCCAAAAUAUUUAUAAAAGUUUUUUUUUCUUGUUGUUUUAUGGCAUUCAAUAUUUAUAUUAUUUAUUUUUCUAUUCCAUAUAUCUAUGAGAUCUGAUAUUACUAAUGUUAAAUUUUUAUUGGAAAUGUUAACAUUUCAUGCUGCUAUAAUGGCUCCUCAUGAUUUAUUUUUUUCAAUGAGAGUAACCAUUACUUAAUAUUAAUAAAUGUAAAGAGAUGGUUUCAUACCAAAAGAUAGAUUACAAGAAUUAACUGAUCCUUAUUAUUAAUAUAUUGAUCUUGGAUUUUAAGAAUUAAAAGAUAACUUUUAUGAAUAAUUAAAUAAUGAAUAUUUAUAAGAUUUCCUUAAUGGUUAAAAUUUUACUAUGUAUUUUAUGUAGGAUAAUGAGACAUAAAUUUACCCUAUAAAUCUAUCCCUUAGAGAUACCUUAUUUGUAAUUUUAUAAUAUUAAUACUCUCAAAUGAUGACAUUUUAUUAUAGAGAAAGUACUACUGGUAAACCAUAUUAAAUUUCUUUGUUUGCUAAUUAUUUUCAUUUACAUUAAUAAUGUCAAAAUAUUACAACUACUUUAUUUAAUUAUUCUAUAGAGAAUAAAAAUUAGAUUUAUACUAAAUGGUAAAUUAUAUCAAUAAUUGGAUUUCUUAUUAUACUACUACUCUACAUAAUAAUUUAAUGUUAUUAGAUCUAUUAUUUCAUUCAAAUUGAUAUGUUAUUUUUAUUAUUAAAUACUAUGAGUUAUGAAAUGAUAGAAUCUGAAAUUGAUAAAUUCAUAAAUUACAAGAAUCAAUAUAAAUUGGAUAGACAUUGUCUAUAAUAAUAUGAUCCUAUUGAUAGAUCAUUUACUUAUUUAUCAAAACCUCUUAAAUUUUAAGGGUAAAGAUAUCUUAAAUUGCAUAUAGGAUCUUUGAACAAUUAAAAAUUACUAAACUAUUUAAUUUUAGUAUUUAUGUUUAUUGUUAUUACUUUCUUUUUUAUUCUAACUUUUAUAUCUUCUCAUCUUUACUUAAGUAAGUACAAUGAUACAUUAUAAUUCUUUGGAUAAAUACAAGAUUUUAAAUUAAGAACAGGUAGCUUAUAUUUAUAUAGGGAAAUAUUUUUUAGAUGGAAUAAUUUUACAUUUUUAACCAAUUAAGAUAAAAUUUAACUUUAUUCACUUAUUGAUUAAGCAUAAUAAUCUAUUUAAAAUUAUAUAGAAUUAUCAGAUAUGAUAUAAUUUGAUUAAUUUUUAGUAGAUGAUUAAUUUAUUUCAUUGUUUCAUGCCAUAAGCAAAGAAAAUCUAUGUUAAUUUAUUGAUGAAGUAAUUUUAUAAUUAUAAUUUAUAGAGAUUUUAGAAUCUAACUUCUAGAUAUUGUUAUUUAGCAUUUGAUGGAACCUUAAGAUAAGGUAUGAUUUCGACAUUAAAUUAUAUAUCAAAUUCUUUCAAAACAUAAUAAACUAUUAAUAAUUUUACUAAACGUGUAGAAAUCAAUUAUUAUGAAUAAGAAGGAUCUUAAAUAGUUACAAGAGUAUUCUUUACACUUUCAAAAUAAUUUAGUUAAAGUGCAGACUCUUAAGCUGAUUUUACAAAUACAAUUAUCAAAGUAUAAUAUUUAAAUUAUUAUUAUAGAUUUUAUCUAUAUGUUAUUUUUGUUAUAUAUUUUUGAUUUUAGUUUUCCUUUAUGGUUUUUAUAGAUCAUAUUUAGUAUGGCUAUUUAAAUCCUUAAAAGGUAUUGUGCAUUUGAUACCUUUUGAAGCAUUAAUUUUUAGUGAGACUCUAGAGAUUUAAUUGAAAGAAUUGAUUUAUAGAUUGCAAUUACUUUGA